GCAACCCUUGACUGUGAACAGAAAAAUGACACAAAGAAAAUCACGUUCCAGAGAGAUGGAGUCUCUUCUAGCUCAGAUAAACAACUUGGACUUAAACCCAGUAAACCAUUUCAAUGUAAUAAAACAGAUAAUUGAGCUUUUCAAAGAUGGAGGAAAAGAUGAAAUAGUUUCUGAAGCAGCAGAAGACUUGAAAGCUUGGGAAAACACUAAACUCACCAUUGCUGUCACUGGAGACACAGGAGCUGGGAAAUCUUCCUUCAUCAAUGCUAUCCGGGGCUUGAGGCCCAGUGAUGUGGGUGCUGCUCCCAUAGGAGUAACAGAGACAACACAGGAGCGAUCCGCUUAUUCGCAUCCUAACCUCCCCAAUGUGAUCUGCUGGGACCUUCCAGGAAUAGGAACCCCAGGGUUUCCUCCAGGAACAUACCUUGAAGACGUGGAAUUCUCCCGCUAUGACUUCUUCGUCAUUGUAAGCUCAAAGCGGUUCCGAACCUGCGACGUUCACCUAGCUCAAGAGAUCCAGGCCAUGGACAAGAAGUUUUAUUUCAUCCGGUCGAAAGUGGAUGAAGAUUUGAGCAAUGCAAAGAAGGCCGAUCCUGAAAAAUAUAGUGAAGAGCAGGUCUUAAAAAUAAUCAGGGAUGACUGCAAACAAAAUCUGGAGAAGCACUUGAAGAAGCACUCCAACCCUCAGAUCUUCCUGACUUCCUGUUGGGAUCUUGACAAGUAUGACUUCCCUCGCCUGCUGGAGACUCUGGAGAAAGAUCUGCCCAGCCUGAAGAGAUUGGCCUUCCUCCUCAGCCUUCCUAACACCUCCCCUGAGGUCAUACAGAAGAAGAAAGACGCACUGAAGAAACAGUUAUGGAAAAUAUCUGUGGUGUCUGCUUUUGUCAAUGCUGUGCCCUUUGAAGCCCUUUCAAUAAGUUGUGAUGCUGUUCUCAUGCUGGAGACCAUAACUGGCUUCUACAAGCAGUUCGGGUUGGAUGACGGCUCCCUAGCUCGGUUGGCCAGGUUGAUGAAAAAGCCUGUCGAAGAGCUGAAGGCUGUGAUUCAAUCACCACCCGAAAAAGACAUUGACAAAAAUUUAUUGGUUAAGUAUUGUGCCUCUGGAGUGGGACUACUGCUGAAAGGCCUUUUCCCUGGAGAAGGUCACGUUGUAAGUGGAGUGCUUUCCUUUGUAGCCACGUACUGGACACUCUCCAAGUUCUUAGCUGAAGUGGCUGACGAUGCUGAAAGAGUUCGUAAGAAAGUCCUGGAGCAGGCCUAG